GUGUGAACAGCCCCUUGUCUCCGCCUACAGAGCCAAUAAAUCAAACGCAGAAGUUCCGUUCCAGUCAUAGACUGGAGAACAUCGAAUCAUGGAUGAGGAGCAAAGCAACGGCGACGUGCAGGUCCCCGCUUCGGACUGUCUGGAAUACAAACUCCUGAUUGCGUACACACGCAAGAGAAGACCCACAGACACGCGCCUGCAGAAGAACAGAACGGAGAGCAAGACUUGUACACAUGAAGCACCUGAAGACCACAAUCAACUACAAAAAAGAAAGAAAAAAAGGAAAUUACCUGUAUUCCUGAAGUGUUUUAAACCCAGUAGAAAUGAAGAUGAUCAUUACCUCCGACAGCCAGCAACAAUUGAAGUUUCAGAUGACAAAGUAGACGACAUGGAGGAGAUGGCCAGUAAACUGACGGAUAUAUCAAAUUCUGUGCACUUCACUCCAUGUGAAUUAGAAAGUGAUUAUGAUGUAGACCGAGACGGAGAGGAUAUCGUGCAAAAAAUUGUGGAGCUGCUACGAGAACAUGGUGACAAACUGGAUGAAAAGAUAAAGGCAGACAAGGCAUUAAGUCAAGCGCUGCAAUCCUCUCUGACUUAUAGCUUCUUUAAGAAAGUGAUGGACACAUUCUUUAGAAGAGUUACCCCAGAGGAGCUGCCGCCACAGGAGGAAAAAGAGAAUACCGAAGUGGCUCUGAUUUGUGAAGCCACAAAUCAGCUCUUUGGUGUUGAUCACCACCCAAUGAACCGGGUGCUGGGCUUUGGUGCCAAGUACCUACAGGACAAAUUCCCCACCUGGAUUAACAGAAAUACUGGCAAUGUAGAUGUUGAUGAAUCUAAUGAGGAAGUCCAUUAAGCCAAAAACCAAAGAGACAUUCUCUUCACACUCUAGCUGACUUUCUCAGGGGCACAGUCACUUUAUUCAUGUGAAAUUGAGUUUUAAUUCAAUGUUUCUUCAGGGAUCUUGCAUGCAUUAAGUUGUUGGAGCCCAUUGUGCAAAGGUGCCUGAAAUUGUUCCUGGCAGGCAACAGAUGCCCUAACCCCACCUCCAUCCUCAAUUAUAACCAUAGGCUGAGGAGCCUGACAGGAACAGCUUGAGGCACCUUUCUGCCAUUGAGGUUCUUGGAACAUCUGAGAUAAAAAAUGAGGACGUGGUUUAUAGAUUUAAAUAUAAACAAGCAGUAAAUGGAAUUACACCACAGGUAGCCUACUGUUUAGCUUGAAACUCAGGUUUAUUUAUGUCUUAAUUGUAUAUAAAAUAAAAAUAUAAUAAAAUAUUUUUUGUAAUAUGAUGAUUGGGGAAAAAGGCGUUACUUAGGAACGAUGUGUUCCUUACUGGGAAUAUAUUUUGAUUUGGUUAAUUUUUGUUUGAAAUGCACAUAUUUCAGAAUAUAUUUAUUUUCUUAAGCAUAUAGAAGUUGAUUGCGCACACACACACACACA